AACAAACAGAAGUUUGGUAAAUGUCAAGAAUUGCAUUUGGAAAAAUCGAAAAUUUUUAUUUUUAACGAGUUUAAUAUUAAAAUGAUCGUAAAAGCGUUUUGCAAGUGAAGUAUACCGAAUCAAAAUUAACUGGUAGAGGCACUCAGCUAAACAUCAAUAUUCGUGGUUUCCGAGAAAUUCACUUGAAACGACACAAAUGAGGAUGACAUCUUCGACGAAAAUCAUGCUUAUUGCAUGUGGUUCCUUCAGCCCUCCCACUCCGAUGCACUUUCGGAUGUUUGAAAUAGCCAAGGAUCAUUUCCAUCAGAUGGGAAUCGGACAAGUGAUAGGUGGAAUCGUUUCCCCUGUGCAUGAUUCAUACGGUAAAAAAGGAUUAGUUUCCGCUACUCACCGUUCUACAAUGAUCAAAAUUGCGCUACAAUCGUCGGACUGGAUACGGCUUUCCGAUUGGGAAACACAACAGGAAGAAUGGACCAGAACCAGACUGACUUUGCAAUAUCAUCAAAAUUAUAUAAACUCAUUGCUGAAAGAUUCGGAAAAUAUUAAUGAUCAACAAGUUCCAUCUUGGAUUCCGGAGGGGUUGAAAAAGUCUGCCAACCAUGUCCAGUUAAAGUUGUUAUGUGGAGCUGACUUACUGGAAUCAUUCGCAACACCUGGCCUAUGGAAAGACGAAGAUAUUGAAGCAAUCCUUAGUCAACACGGUUUGGUUGUCAUUUCUCGGGUCGGUUCCAACCCGGAACAGUUUAUUUUUAAUUCAGAUUUGCUAAGUCGCUAUAGGAGAAACAUAACCAUCGUGACCAACUGGGUAACAAACGACGUGAGUUCAACCCUCAUCCGAAGGUUACUUUCCCGAAAUCUUUCAGUGAAGUACCUUUUGGACGACUUUGUUACAGAGUAUAUCAGACGCCAUGGAUUGUACGGCACAUGUGAAACUAAGUAUAUUUUGUCUACUAAUAAUUCGACUGGAGAAAUGAUGAGUAUUUCACCGGUUUCGCCAAUUAAUGAUAAUGACGCAUAUAUUGAGAGUCAAAACGAACGUAAUGCAUUAAAUACGCUAGAAUCGAUGGAUGAGACAGACUUUCAACGAGCAACUCUGAAUCGAGUUUUUUGCUGUGGAACCGAAAGCAACGACCAAGUUCCGGUCAAGAGUACCCGUAGCUUCUUGACGCAUCCCGGAAGCGCUGUGCAGAUUAUCACGAGUACGGCAUCUUCAGCUCCUAUUCUACCGGGCUCUGAUAAAGGAACAGUCGUCGACGAUAAGGUGGGUGAUAACAAGUGCACAAUUGCAACAAUAUCCGGCACUGCCAAUUCACAAUCUGCACCACAAGGCUUCCGAACAUCACAGAAAAAAUCCACCGGUAGAAACGCACCAACACCAGAUAUCGAUUUGGUGGAGCACAACGUUAGAAAGGCACCCAUUAAGAUUUUACCAGGAACUAGUGAUACUGUGGCCAACCAAGAUUCACCUGGAGGAACCAGUCCCUCCAAGAGCUACGACGACAUGAUUAAAUUUGUCUUCACUGAACACGGUAUACGCGUCAUAAGCGAUCGCGAGUAUGUUGUUUAACGCUUUAAACCAUAACAUUGGUCCAUUCGGAGAACUAAUCGCACAUAGUUGAACCUCUUAUUCCUUAAAUUUUCCGCAUCGAUAUGUUUUUUUUUUCAAUAGCAAAAAUAAAAGGAAAUCUAGUAAUUUUAAUACAUUAUCCAUGUACAAAACAAGAAUUAUCAAUAUUUAUGCCAGUUUUCAUUAUCGAGAUGUUUUAAUCGUCUUGGAGAUUUGGAAUUUUAUUGUUUUGAUUUGAAAUAUUGUGAAUGUAAUGAAACAUUCAAUUUCAAUAAAAAGUGCUUAAUCGCUUGGCGCACGGCACCCCUCCAAAUAAACGCACUUCAAUCAAUCAAUCAAUUUCAAUAUUUAUCAAAGUUUCAUUGUGAGCCGAGUUUUUUAAGCUUUUAAAGAUAAUAUUUUAACUGAAAUAAAAUUUGGUCUCAGCUCUCAAUUAUGUACCUGUAUUUUAUAUAUGUAUCAUUUAUCUUUUACAUACUUAUAUACUUUAUAUUGCCAUGCUUAAAUCAACAAUGUCUCUACAUUCAAUCACAGUUCAUGCCUAACAAUCACAAACACCAGCUACAUACUUAAAAACCGUUAUGCAUCGUGAAAAGUGUUAGAUAUUCAAAGCUCCUGAAGCUUUGAAGAUGCUGAGAAACGUUAACUAAUAUUCAAUGGUCAAUACAAUACUCCAUUUUUGCACUUUAAGAUAUCUUCAAAGUGUAUAUCUAACAAUGAUCAAUUCCUUAUGGAUGUAUCUGCCGUUUGACCAUUGAAAUAAUGCUAACGUAAAUAUCUUAAUGAUUCUUUGCAAUGUUUCCAACGUUCCAGGUUGUUACAAAAAAGCUGAAAGUCUCAGUGGCUCACGUUUGAAUCUUCUUCAUACAGCCUUGGAGCUUGCAACCUCAUACUACAGCUUAAUAUAUCAUACUUAUUAAUCAAAAUUAAAAUCGUUGAAUAAGUUUUAUUUAUUUUAGUAGAUUCUAGAAAAUUGUUCCAAACUUUAAAAAUGUCCUAUACAGGAUUUGUUUUUUAAUAUUCUAGUUCAAAUCAACGAAUCAAAGAUAUUGUUUGAAUAACUUUCUUGUUAUCCUUUUCUUUUUACUAUCGAAUGUUAUUAGCAAAUGUAACGAGUUUAACUGCAUUAAACUGCAACUCGAUGCAAGUUUGUGUAGAGAACAAUACGUGUGAUUUUAGACUAAAUAAAACUACAGUUGAUAUAAGUAA